UCAAACAAGCUCUAAAUGGUGACGUGUAAGCCAACACCCCACAUAUUUCCUUUCCCCAUUCCUUAUAUAUCACCCCCUCCUGUUCUAAGAAAGAAAGAAAAAAAGCUUCAUCAUCCCUUAAUGGAGGAAAAACAGACUCCCCUUUCUUCUUCAGCAACAGACAAUGAACAUCAUCAGCAAAGCCAGAACAGAAACUGCAGACAGAAACUGAGCAGACCAUACGAGCCUGAGCUAGCAUUGGGAGGGUCAACACAGAUUUCAGCAGCCGAGGAGAUAGCGAGAGACAGGUUGAAGAGGCAGAGGGUUGAGAUGACAAGUCGGGUCUGGAUCCCAGAUAAAUGGGGACAGGAAAAGUUUAUGAAAGAUUGGACAGACUGCAAUGCUUUUGAUGCUGCAUUAGCAAGCAACAGCAAGAUAAUGUUUGCAAGAGCAGCUUUGAUUGAAGAAGGAAGAAGACUGAGAGCUAAUUCCAGUGAUUUAAGGAUACAAAAUAGGUGUUAAAUUUGGAGAUCCUUUUUCAAGAUACCAUUGUUGAUGCAGUUAUUAGACAAUAAUAAAAUUUUCGUGAAGGUAUUUA